UGGAAAUUAGUGAAACUGUUAAGCAUGGAAAGUGAAUUGUUUUUAAUUCGUUUGACCGUAAAUCGUUUGUUUACCUUUUUUACUCAAAAGUGAGACUAAUUAAGUUUUACUAAUUUAUGGCUCAGGCUAUUCGCCUGUGCCCACUGGUGGGUCUUGUAUCUAGAAGAGUCACACCCAACACCAAAUGGUCACUUACUCUAAUUAGACCGAGAAAUUUUUCUACAAUCAAUAAUAGUAAAUCAUCUAAAAAUGAUGUUAGUCAAUCUGAAAAUAUUCGCUACUGGGAAACAUUUGAAGCUGAACUUCGACAAUUAACUCUCAUUCAACGGUACAAGAAAAUGGCCAAAGAGUUUUGGUAUGUUGGUAUUCCUGUAGUUGGAGUAACAUCAGCCCUUUGGUUAGCAUCAUUUUAUCUUAUCGCUGCAAGUGGAUACGUUAAACCUUUGGUAGCUAAACUCCGUGACUAUGGUGUUCAUGAAACUAUCGCCAAAACCUUGGAAUCUGAAAAAAUGGGUCCUCUUGCCAUCGCCGUUAUAAUGUAUAAAUUAGCCUCCCCUGCUCGUUAUGCCGUUUCCAUUGCUGGUACUGUGAAAGCGAUCAAAUUUUUAUUAAAACGAGGAUUGAUUAAACCAGUACCUCCAAAAGACAAAUUGAAAGAAAUAGUUUUAAAAAAGGUUUCUGGUAAAAGUAAAACACCAUAAAUCCAACAAGUUUGGGGAUUUUACUUAUUUUUUGUAACCAGUCCAAAAUUGAUAAACUCUAUUAGUUUAAAUCAUGUACAGUUUCUGUUACCCGAAAAUCAAUUGAUGGUCAUCAUGUUCCCGAAACAAAUUAUCUGUUGACUUAAAUUUCGCUCCUAAAGUAUCAAGUAUGAAAUACUUGUAGUAACAAUAUAUUUAGACUUGUGGAUCA